AUGCCGUCUCGUCGCAGCAAGAAGUAUUGGGCUGUUCUGAAGGGUCGUGAUAGACCAACUAUCUACUCCUCGUGGUAUAGUUCUUCCCGAUUGCCGAAGAGAGCAUGUAUGAUGACCGUCUGCAAUAGGGCGAAGGCGCAGCCUCAAGUCUGCGGAGUUAGUAACGCACGUCACCGUGCCUUCAUCAAACUGCAAGAAGCAAGGCAAUACAUGAAUGAUAACGGCGUCGGAGAUGGAGACUACGACGAAGAAAUCGGCUUCGAAAGCGAGCCUUCGACUGUUAGAGGUGGACAUGGGAAAUAUUAUGCGGUAGCCAAUGGUGCCCUUCCAGGCGUCUACCUAUCAUAUUCGGGUACUGAAGGUUCCCAGAAACAGACUGACGGAUAUUCACAUGCCUGUUAUAAGCGGUUCGACUCAGAAGCAGAGGCGGAGCAUUUUAUCAAGGAGCACACGAACGCGGUGACCGACAUCGCUUCUGGAAAUACUGGUCUCUUACCUGAAACUGGGCUGAGUCUACCAUUAGAAGACGAUGUUGAUGGUUUGACCAAUCGCAUGGCGGCUACAUCCCUCUAA